AUGCCCAACCAACCCACCCAAAUCCGCCCCUCCAACCCCUCCUCCCCCACGCCCUCCGCCUCAACUUCAACCUCCUCCACCUCCCCCACCGACCCCCCCUUCUCCAGCACCUCACUCCUCACCCCGCAUCAAAAGCACAUCCUAUCGCACUAUCUCGUCCGCCACCGCAGCGAAACCGAAGCCAUGAACACGCUCGUCGCGCUGGAAAUAAGCGUGAGGCGCGAGCGCGACGAGCCGGGGGUACGGUAUCUAGAGCGGUUCGUGGCGCGAGUGAGGAUGCGGCUGGUUGGGUAUCGGGAGGAGAGGAGGAGGGCUGAGGCGAGGAUUGCGGCCGAGGUGGAGAGGUUGAGGGGGGUGGUAGGGGAGGGGAGGGGGGUUGCGAGAAUGCAGGUGGAGGAAGUGAGGAGGGUUAUGGGGAAGGAGAGGGGGAGGGGAGUGGAGUGUUUGCGGUAG